AUGGCAUUGCUGGUGUUGGAGUUGGAGCAGCAGACUCUUCGCCUCUCAGAACUGAGCAAGCAGAAGUUCCAGUUGGAGUAUGAGAAGACCAGGACCGAGUCCGACAUGCUGCCAAUAACCGCAGCUCGCGAUCGCCUCGAGCGCGAGAGGGAAGCACAGGACAAGCUUAUCGAAGAACUGCGCAAGGACCAGGACAAGCUUUUCAACGAGAAGUACGAAAUGGCGCGGAGCUUGCGAAGGGAUUUGGAGGCAGCGCAGGCGGAGGUCAGAUACCAGAAGAACAUCGCGGAAGAAGCGCGUGAGGCGCAGUAUCGGGAAAGGAAGCUGAAAGAGGACCUUCAGAUCGAAUUGAAGGAGGCAAGGGCAGAGUUUGCCGACAAGCAGGCCACCCUGGAGGAGAAUUGUCGCAUCAAGCAAGAGCAGCUUGACCGCACAACUCGCCAUUGGCAGACGUGCAGAGAACAGCUCGACGAGGCCGUGCGAGGGCUGGAGCAGGGUGCCGAAGCGGAAAAGCAGAGGAAAGCAGUCCAAGCGGAGUUGGAGGACUUGCGACUGGAGUUCGAGGCCUUCAAGCAGGAGCAUGAGGACUUCUUGAGACGGCGACUCCCGGGCGCAGACACGGGGGAGCUUCCUCGAGGCUUCGAGAGCCUUACCGAGCUGGUCCGCAUUGCCACCACCUCGAAGGAGGAGGCCCUGAAGGAGCGAGCAGCCAGAGAAAAUCUCCAGCAGGUGCUCCAAGACAUCGAGCGAGAGAUUCGCCAAAGAUAUCCUGUGCUCAUGAGCCAAGUGCAAGAGCUGCGCGAGCUUCGGAGCCAAAAUUCGGAGCUAAAGGAGCAGAACAAGAUUAUCUACAGCAAGGCCCGCGAGUAUGCGAUUUACAAUCGCGAUGCAGAGGUUCGCGCUCAACGAGCAGAGCACACGAACAAGAUUGUGGAAGCCCAUGCACAGGACCUUACCAAGCAGAUUGCCAUUCUGCUCUACGAGAAGACAAGGCGUUCGACCAUCAACUUGGCCGGUACAUCUAGGACCUGGUUUGCGCUGAAUCAGGCAGAAGAGGAAAACGAGUGGCCAAUGACUUCCGUGCAGGAAGUUGUAGAGCAAAAUGUGUCGCUCCGAAAAGCACUGCGGCAAGUUGAGGAACGGGUCCAAAGAGAAGAUGCCGAAGAAGCGGCAUCCUUUCAGGUUCGUGAGGAGCAGUUUGAUGAGGAUCUCGAAGAAAAAAAUGAGGAGCUCAAAAAUCUGCAAGCGCAGCUGAAGGAAGUGAAGCAAGCGCUUGAAGAAGCAGCUCACGAUCGCGAUGCUGCCGUACGCAAGGUGAAGUCGCUAGAGGCAGGAGGCGCCAGUGGCCCAUCGGCUGGCAAUGCCCCCGCUUCGGGUCAAGGGGCAGCUCCAGCAGCUGCGCCCGCACCGCCACCGACCGUCUCUGAGCGGGAGGCCAUCCGUCUCAAGUUCGAAAAGGAGGAGCUCUCCGAACGAUGCGAUCGUCAAGUGGCACAGCUGAAGGAGUUGGAGACGAAGGGGGCCCAGGCCGCCCGGGAUCUGGCCGUCAGCGACGCUAACCUUCAGUUUGAGCGCCAGCGCCGCCACGACUCGGAGGAGGCUUCCAAGCAGGUUGAAACCCAGCUUCGGGAACUCAAGGAGCGCUUCAGCGAGUCCCGUGCGCGAAUCAUGCAGAUCGAGUUCAUCGAGGGCGAGAACCGCCGGCUUGAAGGAGAAAACAGGAACCUCAAGGACAAGCUGAAUGUCAUUGAGGCCAACAAGUUAAUUGCCCCGCUUCAAGAAGAGCUUCUAGAGCGGACGAAGCAACGAAAUGCAGAACUCGAAGCAGAGAUGGACUCGCAUAAGAGCAAAGCAGAAGAAUGGAAGUCGCUGUACGACGCCUGCAAGUUCAAGCAGGAAGACUUUGACAAGUGGAACGCCCAGCAGGCCGAGCUGCAGAAAAAGAUUUCGCAGCUCGAGGAGAACUUAAAGCAAAAGGAUGCAGAGAUGGAAGCCCGGCAGGCCGAUUUGGAGGCAGAGCAGAAGAUCCUCCAAGAGGAGCGCAGCAAGAAUGAGGCCUUGAUCAAGGCGAGGGAAGACGUUGAGAAGGAAGCCAAAGAGAAGGAGAAGCAGGCGCAAGAAUCCGGAGUGCAACACUCCGAGCUCAGCAAGAAGAUUUCGCAGCUCGAGGCAAAACUGGAGGAGGAUCGCAGCAAGAACCAGACCCUUACCAAGGAACGCGACGACUUGCAGAAGGAAGUGAAAGAUCAGGAGAAGCGUUUGAAAGCCAUCGAGGGCCUGAAGCAGCUGCACACAAAGCGCAUCGACAUGAUUACCGCUGAAAAAACGAAGUUGAGCGAGGAGAACACAAAGCUAAAAGCGGACGCUGCGAAGCUGAAAUCGGAAGCAGCGAAGAGCACGCCAGAGGAUCUGAAAGCUGUCCAGAAGCAGGCGAGGGAAGACCUUGAGAAGGCAGCCAAAGAGAAGGAGAAGCAGGCGCAAGAAUCCGGAGUGCAACACUCCGAGCUCAGCAAGAAGAUUUCGCAGCUCGAGGCAAAACUGGAGGAGGAUCGCAGCAAGAACCAGACCCUUACCAAGGAACGCGACGACUUGCAGAAGGAAGUGAAAGACCAGGAGAAGCGUUUGAAAUCCAUCGAGAACAUGAACCAGCUGCACACAAAGCGCAUCGACAUGAUUACCGCUGAAAAGACCAAGUUGAGCGAGGAGAAUGCAAAGCUAAAAACGGACGCCGCGAAGCUGAAAUCGGAAGCAGCGAAGAGCACGCCAGAGGAUCUGAAAGCUGUCCAGAAGCAGGCGGAGUCGGACCUGAAAGCCGUUCAGAAGCAGGCCGACCUGGCGAUACACCUAUCCAUGGAGUACCGGAAGGCUUUGGAAGUCCUGCUGCCAGAGGCCGUGGAGAAGACAGCUGGGGAGAAAACCACCCCCGAGAA